AUGGACCUGAGGUACGCCUGGAUGCUCUGCAUGCUCUGCCUGGUCAUCACGGUCCAAGCAUUUACCCAGGAAGAGUUCAAGGAGGCGUUCCUGAAGCAGCUGGGGCUCUCUGAGAUCCCUAAACUUCAUAAGAGAGACUUGGUGGAUCUGGUUAUCCCAGAUCACGUCAAGAACAAGUACAUCUCCAUGCUGAAGCGCCAGAGGGUGAAGCGCCGAGCUUUGCCCAGCCUGGCCGGCAUCCUAAGGGGGAUCCCUGGCAACGCAGAAGUCCUCUACUCAGACACCACCACGCGCCAGAACCUGAUCUUUGACAUGGAGGGCAGAAUACCUAAAAACAGCGAAGUCACAAUGGCUGAACUAAAACUCUUCAAAAAGCCUCUGGACAGAGCAAACCUUCCUGCCAGGCAGUCUCACAGGCCUGUCUCCAAUGCCAGAGUCAGUGUGUACUGGGUGCAACGGCAGCAUGAUGGUACCAACAGGACCUCUCUGAUAGACUCCAGGCUGGUUCCUAUACGCGAGUCGGGCUGGAAGAACUUCGACGUGACACAGGCUGUGCAUUACUGGCUGCGAAACAAGAGGCGGGAGCCAAUGUUCCUGGAGGUCUGGAUCGAAGGAGAGAGAGUGGGCAGCUAUGCCUCAGAAAUGGCCAAAGCCGUGCGUUUCACCUCUCAGGACCCCAAGGAUAAAGCCCUAGGCAAACCUGAACUGGUGCUUUACACCCUCAACUUGGAAGACUAUGAGGGCCCCGGGGACUGCAGGGAGGAGGCGAUGUUGGGGAAGUCCACCUGCUGCCGGCAGGAACACUACAUCAGCUUCCGCGAGCUCUCCUGGGCGCGGUACUGGAUCAUCGAGCCGGCAGGGUACCAGGCUUACCGGUGCUCAGGGGGCUGCCUGCAGCCCCCCAGCCCCCUGUGGCACUUCGGCUACGAGGAGCGCACCUGCGCCGUGGCGGAGAGCUCCUCACUGCCCAUGAUGUACCUGGUCAAGAGGGGCAACCGCACCGAGAUCGAAGCGGCCGAGUUUCCCAACAUGAUCGUCGAGAGGUGCAGCUGUGUCACGGAUGGCAUGGCACUGGUGUGA